AACGGUAGAAUAUAAACACGUCAAACUUCACACGAACGGUAUCAGUGGCGCGGACAGUCGGCAACAAUUUUAUAUCGUUGUUGGAUUAUUCGCGAAUUACGAGGGGGUGUGUGCACCCCUAAAACUGGUAGUUGCUUUACAACCGAAGAUCUAUUCGUCAUACGAAUUUACGAUUAUAUGUGCCGGAGAUUUUAAUAACCACAAAAAAUGGGUGGGUUGCUCAGUUAUUUUCGCAACUUAAUUGGUAAUCGGGAAAUGCGAAUCCUUAUUCUAGGUCUCGAUGGUGCUGGUAAAACGACUAUUUUAUACAGGUUGCAGGUUGGUGAAGUUGUCACAACAAUACCUACUAUAGGAUUCAAUGUUGAACAAGUUACAUACAAGAAUCUCAAAUUCCAAGUUUGGGAUCUUGGUGGACAAACCAGCAUACGACCUUAUUGGAGAUGUUACUAUUCCAAUACAGACGCAAUAAUUUACGUGGUCGAUUCAGCAGAUAAGGAUAGGAUAGGAAUAUCGAAAGACGAACUAUUGUAUAUGUUGCGGGAGGACGAGCUUCAAGGGGCGAUUCUAGUAGUGCUGGCGAACAAACAAGACAUGGCGGGUUGUCUGAGCGUUGCAGAGGUUCAUCAAGCUCUCGGUCUGGAUGCCCUGAAAAACAGAACGUUCCAAAUAUUCAAGACAUCAGCGACGAAGGGCGAAGGCUUAGACCAAGCGAUGGAUUGGCUUUCGAACGCGUUGCAAAGUAGAAAAUGAUGGGAAGCUGUUCAUUAAAAGCUCAUCGGGUCCGUUAAGUUCGAGCUUUUUACGAUAUAAGAAAUAUCCGACAAGACGAUUGUCAGAUUAUUCCCGAUCGAACGCUCGUUUCACAAAGUAAAAAGAAAAAUAAAACCACGACGCAUGAGGAUAGAGUCGGGCACCAAAUUUGCUCGGCUUCUGAUAAUUAUUUAUUAUGAUCGUAAAAAUAAUAAAAAAAAAAGAAUUUGUUUCAGUGGGUUAUUCAGGACUCGAUAAAAUAAAUGACGUAUCGCGUUGCGUGAGCGGGAAUCUCCUGCGACCUAUUUUCUGUUACGCUGCCACGAAGGAUUUCUUGAGCGGAAUAAACUUUUGACACUUCCAUGUCUUUAUGUUUGACCAUUUGAAACAUUCGUAUUUUGUACAUUCGAAAAAUUACUCGAAUUCCGUCAUUACGUCUUUUCGCUUAAUCAGUUGAUCAGUAAAAAACAAAAACUGCGUAAUCUGACGAGAUAUCGCCACGGGAAUCAAGCCACUGCGGAGUGUUAUUAACGCGGUACGCAAAUCGGGGACAGUGAUUUAUAAUGUAGGAUUAAAACUGUGUGGUUAUGCUGACAAGCCAAAUGAGUGGAGAGAUGGGAGUAAAGUCGCGUCAUUAGUGUACUCUAACGUAAUCAAACAUCUUAUGGCAACAAAAAAGUAGGUUUUGAUAUCCAUUCUAUCGACUGUAUCGAAAAUCCACAGAGGCACUAUUUCAUAAUAAACGUUAUUAUUAAACGAA